ACAAUUUAAACGAAAUAGUUACUGUUUGUUAGUUAGAACCCAACAUAGGGUGUCGUGAACUUGCGACGAAUCGUAUUUCUUUGUCGAACCCCUUAAAUAGCCGCCUCUUUUAAAUGCGGCAUACGUUUUCUAUUGUAAUUAUCGUAUCGUUGCGCAUUUCGAAAUGGAACCGUACUGAAAAGUGCUUUGAUCGCGAUUAAGAGAUCGGUCGUGUUAUUUAAGUACACGGUAGGAUGGGUCGUAAACGAGCUAACUAUUGACACGUCUCGGAGGAAUACAGUUUUGUGGAACGAACAGUCUCGCAGAGGAAAGAUUCGGAAUUUGCACAGCAGCUGAUGUAUGUAAAGAUGGCCAAGCUCAAUACAAAUAAAUAGUGACCAACGAUGUGCUGGUUUUACAACUAGCUCUGCAUGCAAGGGGCAGAUGCUAAGAAAGUAUAACUUGUCACUGUCCAAAAAAUGGCUUAUGAUCCACGUAAUAUUAAAUAUUCAUCAGAGAUUCACAGCCAUCAACAUAACCAGUCUAAUGUGACUGGGUACGCAUAUUCUGGACAUCAAUCACAUGUCCAACAAACAGAUGAGAAUAGAAACGAGAACAGUUGUGGAAAUAAAGAAACAUGUCCACAGAUAUCCCAUCAGUCUUCUGGGACACAAACUAUUCAGAAAGUAGAUGCAGCAACAAUGACAGAUCCUUUACAAAUAGAUUUUAGACUCACGUCUGAGUAUUUAGCACGAUGUUCUAGUACUCUGGGAUUGCCAUAUGUAACUAAAUACGAGGAAAAUGGCAAUAAUUCUACGCAUAGUUGCCAAGAAGUUCGACCAAAAAUUGAAUUUGAAGUUGAACCACAAUAUAUCAAUGGUAUGCUAAUCUAUCAUUGUCCAGAAUGUGCGUACAGAUUUGAAAACCGUGAAGCAUUACAUGAGCACCUUGAAGAUCAUAGACAGCGACCUCACAUCUGUGAUAUUUGUGGUGCGAGUUUAAAGCGUAAGGAACAUUUAGAUCGUCACAAACAAGGUCAUAAUAAGGAUAGACCUUAUCAGUGUAAUAUGUGUUGCAAAGCAUUUAAACGCAAUGAACACCUUGCUCGUCAUAUGAUUAUUCACUCAGGUAGCAAAAAUCAAGUUUGUACAGAAUGUGGCAAAGCCUUUUAUAGGAAGGAUCACUUAAAGAAGCACUUACAAAGUCAUAAUAGCAGUAGAAACAAAAAUAUAAACAGUUCUCAAAAUAAUCAGAAUAGUCAAAAUAACGGAGAGGAAGGAUUGAGCAGUUUUGCAAUGAUGAUGAGGCAAACUGGGCCACCUCCAUUUUCUAUUUUGCGAACUUAAUACAUUUUUACCUUGAUCUUAAGCCAAGAUCGUUUUAUAAUUUAGGCAAUUUAAAUUUAAGAGAUCGAUACAGCGAGCUUUAUUGGAGACACUUUCAGGAUAUAUGGCGUAGUUGUUGACAGUUUUGAAUUUUGCAAUUACAUUAAACUUGAAACUUUCAAAUAGUGCAUUAAUAAGGAACAGGCUCUAAAGAAUCCCAUGCAGAUUUUAUAUUUUCCUUUUUUAAUAUGCCUAUAACAUGCACAAUGUUCUUAAAGUAAGAAGGUACCUGUUAAGAACAAUUAUGUGAAAUAUAUAUAUAUAUAAAAUAUGAUAUAUAUAUGAUAUAUAUCUAGAUACUUUGUAUAAUAUUAUUUCAAAAAUAUUCAUAUGAAUGAUUCAAGUUUUUAUAUAAAUUAAUGCAGGAAGUCUAUUUCUGUUAAAUUCUUUUUCUCAGAUUACACAUUUGAUAAUAUCUGACGUGAAUGAUGGCAAUAAGAAGUAUUUUCUUUGUAACCUUCAGAGCUAUUGACGCAUCUAUUAGAUAUGUACUGUUUUAUAAUUUACAAAUUGACCUAGUCUUCUUUGGAAGAAAUGCGCGACAAUUUUUAAGUAUUUUGUUUCUGUAAGAAAAAGUGAUGCAGAUAAUUUGUGAUGCAGUAUGUGAACAAUUCUUGUUAUGCCGAAAAUAUUUGACGAAAAUGUAUAUUUAUUAUUAGACGUAUAUGGUCAUGAUACGUAAAAAUGAUAUAAAUAUAUGUGAUUUUGUUUUUUGCUAAACUAAUGGCAUCAACUUCUUGGAACAUGUGCCUAAAAAAACAGCAUUAUAAUGACAAUUGCACAUAAAUGAGAAAAUAAUAUGAAAUUAAUGUUAAGCAUAGUUCAUAGUCAGCGAGAUAUACUUUUUAUUUUUAACAGGAGAGGAACAUUGCAAAAUAUAUACUUUGUAAAAGUAAAAUUCUUAAAAGAAGUUCUCGAAACAAUAGCUUUAAGUAUGAUUCAAUUUCGUCUUAUUUUAAAUUAAAUGUAACAUUGGAGAAUUCGCGCAUUUGGUUUGUUUUAAUAAGCGAAAUACAUUAAAUACUUAAAACUGAGUUUUUUUUGCGGUGUUCCUUGAUGUUUGAUGUUGAAACAAUGUUUAUCUGUUCAGCAAUAACGCGUAAUUGCUACAGAGCGAUAAAUAGGAAAAUAAAGUUAUGUUAAUCGAUAAUUUAAUAUUUAUAUUUUAUGAUGUUCAUAUGACAAUGUAUGUAUGCGUUUUAUUGAUGUGUGUAUAUGUGUAAGAGCGCAUAUAAUACAUAUUAAAUGUCAUUAUAUACUAAAGAAUAUAUGUUAUAUGCGCAUUUACAUAAUUAUCGCUCAUAAGUAUUUGCACGUCUAGUAUUUUUAACAUAUAUCAACAGCAACACAAGUAACAACAUUAUUUAAGGAUAAAAUAUGUUUUUAAAUAUGUAGAUAAAUGAUACAUAUGUUUUAUUAAGAAACAAUUAAAUGUUUGAUCAGCGACAGAUCAUCAUAACAAGCUAUGGUGUUAGAAAUUUGAUAAAAAGUAGUUAGAGUCUUAAACAAAGGAAAGUAUUUAAAGAUUCUUCACUUCCAUUCCUGUGUAACCUCAAAGACAAGCUAUGUUAAGUCCACAUUUUGGAGAUUUGGAAUAAAUAUGUUAACUUACUUUAUUAAUAUUAUAUUUUGUAUUGCUAUUUAAAAUAUUCAAUUUUUAAAAUGUUGACUUAGCAUGGAUCGCCAAGUCUGUCGAGAAUAUUUCAUUUUGAAAAGAAAGGAGUAAAGUUAGUUACGGAAAAUUCACUGAUAAGAACCUCUAAAUUACGUUCAUCUGGCAAAUACUUCUGAGCGGUAGUGUAUAACAUUGUUAUGUCCAUUUUCCCUUGUACAUUAUUUAUAUUUAUUAAGAAAAACCGACCAUAUAUCGGCUUUAUUAUAUAAUGCUUCCAAAGUGUACAUAAUUGUACACAUGAAAUAUGGUUAAAAAGAAAUAAACGUUUUGUUAUUGGUUGUAGUAAUCACAAUUAAAGUAAUAAAUCAUUAUUAUAUAAAAU